AUGGGAAUGGAGGAGUGGAAGGAGCGAGCAACAGAGCUGGGGAUCGCCCAGUUACUAGUCUACUGGGGGAAGUCUAAGCUCUACCUCUUGCUGAGGGCCUGUCAUGGGCAGUCCCACUUACACAGUCACCGGUCUUCUCUGAGCCUCACUGGCACUAUACGUCAGCUAGCCUCUAUGAGCCGUCUCACUGGCAUCACUUACAGUCGCAGCUUCUUACUCUCUGACCUGAGGGCCGCUCCUACUGGUGCCCAGUCCACUCAGUCCAGCAUCUACCUCUCUCUGACUGGAGGCCUUGUCACCUGGGCAGGUAUCCACGCUUACGUCCUGCUCUACACGCUCUCUGAGCUGAGGGCUUCUCAUAACGCAGGGCCAGCUACAUCCAGGCUGUGCCUUGUCAAGUUCUCCAGCCACGCAGAAGCACAGGCGGCCAUCAACAGCCUGCACGGCGGACAGACCAUGCCAGGGGCGUCCUCCAGCCUGGUGGUGAAGUUUGCCGACACGGAUAAGGAGCGGACCCUGCGUAGGAUGCAUCAGAUGGCGGGCCAGCUCGGCAUCUUCAGCCCCAUGACCAUCCAGUUUGGGGCCUAUGGCGCCUACUCUCACGCUGUAAGUCUCGGCUCCACGGGGGAGGAGACGCAGAUGAUGCAACAGCAAGCAGCGCUAAUGGCGGCGACCCAGAACUCGUAUCUGAACCCCAUGGCAGCCAUCGCUGCGGCACAAAUGCAGCAAAUGGCAGCUUUCAACGUCAACGGUCUGGUGGCUGCCCCGAUGACACCCUCCUCAGGCACCAGCACGCCGCCGGGUAUCAAUGCCACGGCCGUGCCCAGCCUAGCAACACCCAUGGGGGUCAACGGGUUCGCAUCCCUCCCGCCCCAGACCAACGGUCAGCCUACCAACGAGCCAAUCUACACCAAUGGGAUCCACCCCUACCCAGGUGAGACAGCCAAUGGGAUUCACCUCUACUCAGCACAGAGUCCUACAGUGACUGACCCUCUCCAGCAGGCUUACGCCGGUGUGCAGCACUACGCAGCAGCCUACCCUGCCGCMUAUGCACCAAUCAGUCAAGCGUUYCCCCAGCAACCCRCCAUCAUCCCCCAGCAACAGAGAGAAGGGCUAUCCAGGCCAUGAAUGGUUUUCAGAUAGGCAUGAAGCGGCUGAAGGUGCAGCUGAAGCGGCCAAAGGAUGCCAACCGACCUUACUGACCCCUUUGCCGUCCACAUCCAGGAUGAAGGGCCACAACACCUUAUUUCCACAAGUGCAGUAUAAAGUACAAAGACUUCUUGCUCUGCUACAUAUCAUGAAAGAAGGGUGGUCCCUUGAUUCUGCUGGAAGAAUAGCUGGAGAAGAUUGGGUGACUGACGAGGAGAAAGAACCCGGAGAUUCUUGUUUGUUUCUUUUAGCAAAUGCCUCUUUUUUUCCCUGUUUUGCUUUGGCGUCUGUGGAAGAGGAUUUUUUGCAGAGACCAACUUUUUGCUGCUGUUUUUUAGACAAGAUGGAAAACCUUUAUAGACACAUUAUGCUCAAAGCAUGCAUACUGACACCGGUAUAUAUAGACAUGAACACACUCUUACCAAACACACAGCUUACCAAACACACAUGCGUACAUACAGACCAACACACACACACAAAUAUUCUCUCAGACAUCCUACAGUGUACAUACACGUAUGUGCAUUUGCAAAUUUAAACAUACACGCGGACAGACAGACACACACAUAAACACACACACACACAGACAUAUACACACACCAGCCUGCUGCCAUUUUGGUUUUCGUGCCUACACAGGUGAUGUGCUCUGUGACAGGGCGAGCUCUGAGAAAAGAAGAUGAGAAAUGGAGAAUCCAGGAGAAUUUACAUGCAUCAUUCCUUAGGAAAUAGGGACCAAAGGACUUAACGCUUUUUAAAAGAAUAUAAAUAUAUAUACAUAUAUAUAUAUAUAUUUAAAAAACUCUUACCUUGUAGCUGCAAGUAUUACAAUUUAAUAGUAGUCAAAAUAAAUCAUUAAAUCAAUAUCCAGUGGCCUAAGUAAGAAUAAAAAGAUAAAGGAAAUAAUGUAUACAUUGAAAAAAAGACAAGGAAACGUAGUAAAGGGGCUGAUUAUUAUGUUCUGGUUGCUGUUUUGCCACCAGUUAGUAGAUUAGAAAAUGUAGAAUACUAGAAAAGUAGAUUUGCUCUUUUUUGCUGUUGUUUUUUUU